ACCUUCACGUUGGUGGAGGCACAUUAUUAAAAGUGUUUUAGAUUUUUUUGUUCAAAAGACAUUUAUCGGCCACGCAGUAGUUUCCUAUAUUUCAUGCGGUGCACGUUUUAUUAACAUGGUGGACGAACAGUUAUCUGGAGCUUUAAAAGACUUGCCCGGCAGAGUUCUUAAUGUUCCGGUUGAGGAUCGACCAAUUUUGUUUAGAAAUGUUUCGGCAGUUUUAGAAAACCCCGGUAUAAAUUCAUCAAUAAUCCGAGGUAUAUGUAGGGUCAUUGGAACUACGAUUACGAAAUAUAAAGAUCCAGCUUCUCAACGGUUGGUUAGAGAACUUAUGGUUGAUCUUGUAAAUAUUCAUCAUGAUUUAACAAUCGAACAUAUGCUUAACGUAUUUAAAGCUCUGCUAUUCAAAGAACUUGUUGGUGUUCCCCCUCAAAAAUCUUGUAAACCAGCCAUAAUUGCAUUGGGAUGGAUUUCUUUAAUACAGAAACAAGCAGACCGUGAUUCGAAUAUCUUCAAAACUGAAAAAAUAAAAUUCAUUGAAUAUCAAACGUUAUUUUAUCAAAUAACUUUAUUGACGCAAAAUCAAAGAAUUACAGAGGCGAGAACAAAAAUAUUAUAUGAGCUGUGGGACAAUACUUCAAUUUUUAUAGAAACUUUGGACAUGUUAUUUCAAAUGGAAGCUACUACCAACGUCACCAUUAUGUUUAUGGCCAUGAUUGAAUUUGAAUCAAAAAAAAUACAAGUGAUAUCAAAAAAACAUACAGAAAAGCUAUCGGAAUAUUUUGUAAAAAGUAUGAUUUCGAGUAAAUGCAAACCUGACAAAUCGCUUAUUAUAGCCUGCAAGCCAUUAUUGAAGUUACUUACCGAAUCUGAGUUUGAUUCUUAUAUUUACCCUCCGUUGCAAAGGGCAAUAUUAAGAAGCCCCGAAAACACACUUGAAAGCAUUGGAUUAAUUUUUGAUAUGUUGAAUUUCGAUUGCAGUCGUUAUGCUCAAAAAGUUGGAAAUGUUCUUAUAAAAAACUUAUACAGUAAAGGAGAAAUCGCACGACGAGAGUCACUUGAAUCCCUAAAGCUUAUAUCCACAAAAUGCUCUGAUUGGGUUACUGUAAAGGAACUACUAGAACAAAUUUUCUCUGUGUUAAAUGGAUCCGAUGGCAAAAUAAAUGUGAUUGAAUAUAGACUUAAUAUAUUACAGGGAGCUGGAUAUUUGAGCUUGAGCAACUUAAGCCAAAACGAUUUGCCCAACAUUUUGGAUCAAGCCGUCGCCCUAUUUUCGAAAUCAUUGGAAUGCGAGACCCAGGAGAAAGUAAUAUGCUGUACCUUGGACAUGUUUGCUUUGUGGACUCAAAAAUUUAGUAAUGAGUUACCAAGUGUAAUUAUUACUAUUUUUAAAUCUGGCAUCCAGUUGAAAAACACAAACCAAAUAAUUCGGCAAAGUUAUCUUGAAUGGUUUCUUUUAUCAAUUCAAAAUACCAAAACUAAUAACCACAUCGCUAUUCUACCUGAUCUUGUUUCGUUUUACACAAAAGCAUUGCAAAAUUCAUCACAAUUGUCUAAUUUAUCCGAGGCAGCCUGCAUUGCCUGUAUAAUGCUUACGUUAGAAAAGCCGUCAGAAGACUACAACUUUUUUUGGUCUUCAGUUUUUGAUAUGACCAAAAAUUAUUUCUUUAAUGAAAAGUUUACGGCAAUAGCAUCGGCUGAGACACUAUGCAACUUAUCGAUGAUGGCAAGAUUUUUACUUAUUUUAUAUCCUGAUAAAAUUAAAGGGGAGCUAGAACCUUUAGUUCGAACGUUAGUUUAUAACUUAUGUAGUAGUUCAGUAAAAGUUCGAAAGCAUACAUCCAAAGAGGUCAAAAAAAUAUUAAGUGCUUCGAAAGGAAUAGAAUUCGUAAAGUUAGCUUUAUUUGAAUUUGGAAAACGUAUUAAUUUGGUAAACAUUCAACAUGAGGGAGACAUUUGUAUUGAUCAAUUUGGAACUCCUACUCUAGCGUAUGUAGACGCAUUAUUAACUUUGACAAAUUUAGGCGAUAUUACAUGUGAAGAAUCUGUAGAUGUUGCUAUGGAUAUAUUGCUUAUUUCACAUCAUCCGGCAAUCGUGUUUAAUGAUGCAUAUUUUUGGGAAAAGACCAUCCAGCAAAAUUUCAAUUUAGAUCCAAAACAUUUAAUAUUAGGUAAAAAAAAUGAAAUAGUUAUUGAAUACAUUGAAAAUUUUAAAGCAAGUGCCCAAUACGAAAACACCAUAUCAGCACUGGUUCGAAUUUGUCCCAAUCCUAUAGUUUCAUUAGUUGUAGCACAUUUAAAAAACUACCUUUGUGACACUUCCAAUUAUCAUGCUUCUGAUGAGGAAUAUUUAACAUAUUUGACUCCUGAAGGAGAGUUGUUUGAUAAAAGUGUUAUACCGCAUAUAGACUCUCAAUAUGAAACAGUUCGUAUUAAAAGAGAGAACAAAGUAUACAGCUACAAGGAACAAUUAGAAGAGAUUCAACUUCGUCGUGAAAUUGAUGAAAAAAGGGAAAGGGAAGGAAAAAUUAAAACUAUAAAGUAUACUCAAAAACAAGAAGAACAGAUAAAAAAUCAAAUGGAAAAGGAACUACAAGUUAAAUUAAGAAUGCACACGCUUUACCAAACACUGAUUUGUAAAAUAAGCUUGCUGAAAGCAUCAUGUUCCGGCAAUGGAGAAAAAAUUGCCGAACAUUUUUACAAUUUAUUGGACGAUAUUUUGCAAGCUUCAAGAAGCCCUCUAACUGCAGAGGUUCUUACAGACCUUUAUUUAUUUUUGCAUCAUCUGUGCUUUAUUUCUCAGCCAAACCUUGGGCGUGACAUUGGACUUGUGACAAUAAAGCUUCAGAACCCUUCGUACAUUUCAAAAAUUGAAUUUGAUGCUAUAAAUAUUGACAAAGCUAUAGAAAAUAUUAUUAAUGAUCUUGAAAGUUAUGUUAAUUCAAACUUACUUGACUCUCCAUCAUUUUCUUAUGCUUUUGAGUUUCUUAAGCGAGCGUUAAUAUUGUUAAAUAACGGUCCAAAUGAAGAACUCAUUUCGAAAGGCAUACAAAUAAUUGCAAUGCAUACAAGCGCAACAAUUAAUUGCAAUCCAAAGUUGAUGCCCAGAUUUGGUAUAUUUGAAAUUUUAUUGCAUCUUUUUAGAAACAAACCAAUACUGGAAGCACAAAUUUUUGAUGCUAUCUUAGAAGUUGCAAAAUCUUCAAGUGGGGGUGUUUCUUGUGCAAGCCCAGACAACAAAAUUAUAACCCUAUUUCUAGAAGCCUUACAACACAAUAUUGAUACCGUAAGAAACGUUUCUUUACAAUCGUUAAAAUUAAUGGUAAAUGGAAUUGUAGAUCAUAUAAAAAUUGAUAAUUACCUCGAAAAAAGUAUUGUAAAACGAUUUUGGAUAGCCAAAUAUGAUGUAGAAGAAAAAAACAGAGAAUUGGCUGUCUUUAUUUGGAAUAAGGCAAACCUACCUUACCCUGUGUUUGACGACAUAAUUUAUGAUGUGAUGCAUCCCGAACUAUGUAUUCAAAAAUCAGCUGCUGAAUCUUUAAUGCCUCUUAUAGCUGAUAAUGAAACCUUAAUAAAGAGUGUAAUAAAGAAAUUGUUUUCUAUUUACACUGAAAAGUUGUCGCUAAUACCAGCUGUGUUGGAUCAAUUCGACCGGGAAGUUAAACCGGCCACCGAUCAAUGGAAACCACGAAGGGGUGUGGCUAUUGCUUUCUCCACUAUUGCCCCUUUAUUAUCUAUUGAAGAUAUUAAUGUUAUCAUGAAUUUUAUGGUAUCACAAGGACUUGGAGAUCGAGAGGAUAUCGUACACAAAGAAAUGUUAGCAGCUGCAUUAAAAAUAGUCGAUUUACACGGUAAUAAAACCAUAGUUAAUUUGUUACCUGUGUUUGAGGAUUUUCUCGAUAAAGCACCAAAAUCUCAAAGUUAUGACAACAUUCGGCAAGCUGUUGUUAUUUUAAUGGGUUCGUUAGCACGACAUUUAGAAAAAGAAGACAAGCGAAUUGAUCCAAUUGUAAGAAGACUAUUAACAGCACUGUCUACUCCGUCCCAACAAGUUCAGGAAGCUGUAUCAAACUGUUUACCUCAUCUUAUGCCAUCUGUAAAAGAUGAGGCCCCUGCAAUGAUAAAAAAGCUUUUACAUUCACUGGCUAAGUCAGACAAAUAUGGUGAAAGACGUGGAGCUGCUUAUGGUAUCGCUGGAAUAGUCAAAGGUCUUGGUAUUUUAUCUUUGAAACAACUAGACAUAAUGUCAAAACUGACAACAUAUAUUCAAGAAAAAAAAAAUUAUAGAUCCAGAGAAGGAGCUUUGUUUGCAUUUGAAGUUUUAUGUACAACUCUUGGUCGACUAUUUGAACCCUACAUAGUUCAUGUACUGCCACAUUUGUUACAGUGCUUUGGUGAUCCUUCUCAAUAUGUCAGACAGGCAGCCGAUGACACAGCAAAAGUAGUCAUGGGUAAAUUGUCGGCACAUGGAGUUAAACUUGUGCUUCCAUCCCUUUUAGAAGCUCUUGAUGAAGAUUCUUGGAGAACAAAAACGGCAUCUGUUGAAUUAUUAGGUGCAAUGGCAUUUUGUGCACCAAAACAGCUUUCAUCCUGCCUACCUAGUAUAGUUCCAAAACUAAUUGAAGUUUUGGGAGACUCUCACACUAAAGUUCAAGAAUCGGGUGCAGAAGCUCUUAAAGUAAUAGGAUCUGUGAUUAAAAAUCCGGAAAUUCAGGCAAUAGUGCCUGUGCUUUUGGCUGCAUUGGAAGAUCCCUCAAACAAUACUUCAAAUUGUCUUCAAAGCCUACUUAGAACAAAGUUUGUUCAUUUUAUUGAUGCCCCUUCAUUGGCCUUAAUAAUGCCAGUAGUCCAACGUGCCUUUAUGGACCGAUCAACAGAAACUAGAAAAAUGGCGGCACAAAUAAUAGGUAAUAUGUAUUCAUUAACAGACCAGAAGGAUUUAGCGCCAUAUUUACCAAGCAUAAUUCCUGGCCUUAAAUCAUCUUUAUUAGAUCCAGUUCCUGAAGUGCGUGCUGUAUCAGCUCGAGCGCUCGGUGCAAUGGUGAAGGGUAUGGGUGAAAGUUCAUUUGAAAAUUUGUUACCAUGGUUAAUGGAAACUUUAACUUCUGAGUCAAGCAGUGUGGAUCGCAGUGGAGCAGCACAAGGACUCUCCGAGGUAGUAGGUGGACUUGGUGUCGAAAAAAUGCAUAAACUUAUGCCUGAAAUUAUUUUAACUGCUGAAAGAGUUGAUAUUGCACCACACGUAAAGGAUGGAUACAUAAUGAUGUUUAUAUACAUGCCUGGAGCAUUUCCAGAAGAAUUUACACCAUACAUCGGCCAAAUUAUUAAUCCGAUUUUAAAAGCUUUAGCAGAUGAAAGCGAAUAUGUUCGUGAUACUGCCUUAAAGGCAGGUCAGCGAAUUGUUAAUUUAUAUGCAGAAACUGCUGUGGCACUCUUACUUCCCGAGCUUGAAAAAGGACUGUUUGAUGAUAAUUGGAGGAUAAGAUAUAGUUCAGUUCAAUUACUAGGAGAUUUGUUAUAUCGUAUAUCUGGAGUUUCUGGGAAGAUGACUACGGAAACAGCUAGUGAAGACGAUAAUUUUGGUACCGAACAUUCACAUGCAGCCAUUAUUCGCUUUUUAGGCGAUGAACGUCGAAACAGAGUUUUAUCCGGACUUUACAUGGGACGAAGCGAUGUAUCCUUAAUGGUUCGUCAGGCAGCAUUGCAUGUAUGGAAGGUCGUUGUGACAAAUACUCCCAGGACUUUACGCGAAAUCCUUCCGACAUUAUUUGGUUUACUUCUAGGAUGUUUAGCAAGCACUAGUUAUGAUAAAAGACAAGUGGCUGCCCGAACUUUAGGAGAUUUGGUAAGAAAACUAGGGGAAAGAGUCUUACCAGAAAUUAUUCCUAUCCUGGAAAAUGGAUUAAACUCUGAUCAUCCCGAUCAACGUCAAGGAGUCUGCAUAGGCUUAUCUGAAAUAAUGGCGUCAACAUCAAAAGAAAUGGUUCUAACGUUUGUACAUAGUCUAGUUCCCACAGUCCGCAAGGCAUUGUGCGAUCCCUUGCCUGAAGUUCGAGAAGCAGCAGCAAAAACUUUUGAGUCUUUGCAUAGCACAGUAGGCUCUCGAGCUUUGGAUGAUAUUCUUCCUUUUAUGCUUGAAGGUCUGUCAGACCCGGACCCAUCUAUCGCUGAAAAUACAUUGGACGGACUUAGACAAGUAAUGUCUAUUAAAUCGAGAGUGGUGCUGCCGUAUCUUGUGCCCCAAUUAACUUCUCCACCAGUAAAUACAAAAGCAUUGUCUAUUCUCGUUUCUGUUGCUGGUGAAGCUUUAACAAAAUAUUUGCCAAAAAUAUUAGCUGCGUUAUUGGAGGCUUUAUCAGACGCUCAUGGAUCUCCGAAUGAACUGCAGGAGAUUGAAUAUUGCCAAACUGUUAUAUUGUCAGUAACAGAUGAAACUGGAGUUAGAACGAUAAUGGAUACUUUACUUAUUUCAGCAAAUUCCUCUGACCUAUGCACUCGAAAGUCCUCAGCAAGUCUGCUUUCUGCAUUUUGUAUUCAUUCACCAGGAAAUUAUUCACAAUACAUACCUCAGCUUUUAAGAUGCCUACUUAAACUGUUAGUUGAUAACGAUAAAGAUAUUUUGCAGAAAUCAUGGGAAGCUCUCAAUGCUGUAAUUAAAGGCCUGAAUGCCACUCAGCAAAUCUCUCACGUUUCUGAUGUCCGCCAAGCAGUUAGGUUUGCAGCAAGCGAGUUGAAAAGUCCGGAGCUUCCAGGAUUUUGUUUGCCAAAAGGAAUAACUCCUCUAUUACCCGUUUUUCGAGAAGCUAUUUUAAAUGGGCUGCCAGAGGAGAAAGAAAACGCAGCACAAGGACUUGGUGAAGUUAUUUUUCUUACUAGCGCACAAUCUUUGCAGCCUUCUGUAGUCCACAUAACUGGUCCAUUAAUACGAAUUUUGGGCGACCGUUUUAAUUCAGCGGUUAAGGCUGCUGUAUUGGAAACUUUGUCAAUUUUGCUUCAUAAAGUUGGUGUUUUAUUAAAACAGUUCUUACCACAACUUCAGACCACAUUUCUUAAAGCGCUGCAUGAUCAAAACAGAAGUGUAAGGAUGAAAGCCGGAAAAGCUCUUUCAGAAUUAGUUGCAAUUCACUCAAGAGCAGAUCCAUUAUUUAAUGAAAUUCAUAAUGGAAUAAAAAAUGCAGAUGAUUCCUCUGUUAGAGAAACAAUGCUUCACGCUCUUCGUAGUAUUGUUACCCGAUCUGGAGAUAAAAUGUCUGAACCUAUAAAAAAACAAAUUUAUGUUACGUUAUUAGGUUUAAUCGCGCACCCAGAAGAUGUCACUCGAAAAUCGGUUGGCGGAUGCGUAGGAGCCAUGUUAAAGUACAUGGCGGCUGGUCAAGUCGAUGAUUUAUUUAAUAAUUUAAUUCUUACAGAUAACAUAGACGAUUUAGCAUUAAAGCAUGGACACACGGUCAUUCUAUUUGUUGCCUUGAAAGAAUGUCCCCACGAAGUACUAACCACAAAUCUGCAUGACAAAAUUACAUCUUUUAUUUUAACCAACAUGUUAUCAGACAAAGUGCCAAUUGCAUGCAAUGCCAUAAGGGCCGCAACUUAUCUCUUGGAGCACUACCUUGUUAAUAAUUACGAACUUCCUUUCAAUGUCAUAAUUCCACUUGCAAGGUCUAUGAAUCAUUCUAGCAAUGAUGUCAAACAACUGGUCGCAAAAAGCUGUACCCACCUUUCUAAAAGUUUGACGGCUGAUCAAAUUGAUCUUGAUGUUUUGAAGUAUUUGGUUCCGAUGUUAGUGAAUGGCACUAAGGAAAAAAAUGGAUAUGUAAAAUCAAACUCCGAGUUAGCAUUAAUUUCUAUUUUAAGGUUAAGAUCUGACGACGCAACUUUUUCAAAAGUUUUAGACCUUUUAGAGUCUGGCGCCAGAGACUCAUUGAACGACGUAGUAACAAAAGUUUUAAAACGUGUAGCGCCUCAGCCUAUUAUAAAAGAAGAAGAAUUAGAUGAUACACUUCAAACAUAAUCAUUACCUUCUUUUAAUUAACUUUCUGAUAAUAUUUUACUUUUAAAACAUGAUGUAAUAAAUAUAUCUUGUAAAUAAAUAAAUGCAAUGCAAUUGUUUAA